AUGCCCGAGGAAGUCUUCCCGGAGAGGAUGAUGAGGACGGAAGACAUCGCACGGACAUCCGCUUUGGAAGAGGGUUCCUGCCGCUCCGUGAACCGCAGACUUCGGGGCCACGAGGAGCAAACAGCGCCAGACACGAGCGAGGAGCAGCCAGUGGAUGAUGAGGAAGACCAGGAAGGUGUAGCGUCCCAGCGGCCGAGGACAGAAACAGGAAGCGAAGGAUCCACUUGGGAGACGCCGCCGACAACUCAAAAUUUCCAGUUCCAGCUUGACAAAGAGCCCCGUUCUGAAGCCAAGCUAGGGUGGGGCUUCCAGGAACCCAGGCUGCCCCCCAUCUCCCGGCUUCGCUCAUUCAACAAGCACCUUCGUGGCCCGAGGCCCCUCGCGCCCUGCCCUCACCCCGGAGCCGCCAUGUGGCCCCUGGCCUCAGCAACAUGGCCCCUGGCCUCAGCGAUGGCCUUCCUGACCGUGGCCUUGUCAGGAGGCACGUCUCAGGAGUAUCCCAAGAUUCUCAAUGGCACCAAUGGGACCAACGGGUUUCUCCCAGGCGGCUACACCUGCCCCCCACACUCUCAGCCCUGGCAAGCAGCCCUGCUCGUGCAGGGGCGGCUGCUCUGCGGGGGGGUCCUGGUCCACCCCAGAUGGGUCCUCACGGCAGCGCAUUGUCUGAAGACCGGGUUCAGAGUUUACCUGGGCAAGCAUGCCCUGGGGCGUGUGGAGGCCGGGGAGCAGGUGAGGGACGUGGUCCGCCACAUCCGCCACCCGCAGUACCAGAGCAGCCCCACGCACCUGCACCACGACCACGACAUCAUGCUCCUGGAGCUGCAGUCCCCGGUCCAGUCCACCAGCCACAUCCGCGUCCUGCCGCUCUCCUACCGAGACUGCCUCCCCCCCGGCACCGGCUGUCGCGUGUCCGGCUGGGGCACCACCACCAGCCCCCAGGUGAGUUACCCCAAAACCUUACAAUGUGCCGACAUCCAGCUCCGCUCGGAUGAGGAGUGUCGUCAGAAAUAUCCGGGGAAAAUCACACCCAACAUGCUGUGCGCUGGCACCAAAGAGGGUGGCCAGGACUCGUGUGAGGGUGACUCCGGGGGCCCCCUGAUCUGCAACGGAACCCUCCACGGCAUCGUCUCCUGGGGAGACUUCCCAUGCGGGCAGCCCGACCGGCCCGGCGUCUACACGCGAGUCUCCCAGUAUGUUUCGUGGAUCCGAGAGACAAUCCAAAACAAGAACGCCCACAAGCAGAGAUGGACGAAGGGCCCACAAUAA